AAGGGGAAUAACUCGAAUUUGGUUCAACUAAGAUCAUGAUCUCAAGAACCGUAGGUCGUUUUGCAAAAAGAUGCAUCUCUUCAAAGGUACCAGAUGCUCCAACAUGGAUAAAUAUUGAUGAAGAAAAAUUACCAAAGGUGCCAGAGCUUACAACACAAGACAUUGAUCUGAUAGAACGUCUCUCAUUGGUGGAGUUUAACAACAAGGCAGGAGUCGAUCGUCUCACAAAAACUAUACAAGCAGCCAAUAAAUUAUACAUGGUGGACACAGAGGGUGUUGAACCACUUGACACAGUUCUAGAGGACAGGGUAUUACAUCUAAGGGAUGACAAAGUCACUGAUGGGAACUGCAAGAAAGAUAUCAUCAGUAAUGCAACAAAAAUUAUAGAAGACUACUUUGUGGCCCCACCAGGCAAUAUACCACUGAUGAAAAUUGAAAGGGAUUACAAACCAGAAACAGCUGCAGCCUCCACAGUGUCAGACUCGGAUACAUGACAACAAAAGUGAACUUUUUAUAGCCAAAACUUUAACUGUUGAUCUUAGUUUCAUUAAUGGUGACUGAAAGUGAUAACAAUCAAAUGUUAAUUAAUUUGUGCCAAUAAGGUAAUGAGUUUGGAAACUUGUGUAAUAGUGGGUGAGCUCACAAUCUAUCUUCACAUUGUUGAUAUUAUUAAAAUGCUUUAAUACUUAAA